AUGUCGGAAAUUCCGAGUGUUAUUAAACAGUUAGAUCUAAUAUGUUGUGGAGCGGAAGAAUGGUCCGCUUCUGUUCAAUCUUUCGACACUCUUAAAUACAUGCAUAUCUCGAUGUGCAAAAACCUUAGAGGCCUUCCAAGCAGUUUGCAUUUGACUUCUGUUGAGACACUUAAACUCUUCAGAUGUUCAAAUUUAAACAAGUUCCCUAAUGUUACUGGAUAUCUAAAAAGAAUACUGUUAGAAGAGGUAGCAAUAGAAGAAUUACCCCUAACCAUCGGAUGUCUCUUUUCACUUGUUGAGUUGAAACUGGAGAAGUGCAAUAAGCUAGAGAGUCUCCCAGGCAGCAUUUGUGAGUUGAAAUGCCUUGAAGGGCUUUUUCUUAGGGGCUGCUCAAAACUUGGUAGAUUGCCUUUGUUAUGUGAGCUUCCAGAGCGAACAACAGUGCUCCAAGCGUUUAAUUGUACAUCACUAGAAACUGUGAAAUCACCUUUGCCCUUCGCACUUGUACCAAAGUGCAAUGGUUGCAGGAGACAAAAAGGAAUAUUCAAUUGCUUCAAUUUGGAGCAUGAUACACUUGGCAACAUUUUGACAAAUGCACGACUGAGAAUUGAAGAAAAGUUUGGUUUUUCAGAAUUUAGUGAUAGUUUUCUUGUUGGUUUACCUGGAACUGAAAUUCCACAAUGGUUCAGCUAUGAGAACCUAGGAUCUUCAAUAGCUUUUGUGCUCCCUCCCAAAUGCAUUAAUGCUAAGUACCUACAUUUGGCUUUUUGUGUUGUUCUAGAAUUCAAGGUUCCUUUUGCCAUGGAAAAGCACAAUAAUUUCGUGCUUAGAUGUGAAUUGCGUCUGAAAAUGGCUGAUGGUAUGGAAGUGUCCUUCCCAAUAUUUGCUCCUGAUAUUUAUGAUAAUAAUGUGCAUUUUGGGGCCGCCAUUGAAUCAGAUCAUGUGUUCCUUCAUCACUAUGGUUACAAUUUUCAACCAUGGCUCAAAAAAAAUUUUUCUGAGGUCAACAAGCUUUCGAUUGAGUCUGAGUUUAAAAUAGACAAUUUGCAUAAAGGUGAUGGAGGGCAUUUUGAUUUAGUAGAAUCAAAGCUGAAAAGAUGUGGAAUCCACUUAUUGUAUGCUUUCAAAGAUGAGGAGUACCAAUGCAGCCCCAGCACAAUCCAAACCAAGCUCUCUUUGCAAUAUGCAUCUACCGUUUCCAAUUUUAUGCAACAGGUGAUAGGAACCACUUGGUUAUUGAAUGGCUUUGGUUUUAUUCUUUCGUGCAUUGUUUGGUUACUCUCCUUUUGGGUGCUGAAGAGUUUUGGUCGCGCGUCCUUAUUUUUUGCUAUUUGGUCAGUCUUUGUUUUUUACUGGUUUCGGAUCCUUUAGGGUGGAUCAGGUAUCGCUAAUUUGAUCUCUGCAUUCAGCUUGUUUCGGGUCUCCAUUGUUGUACUUCAGUUGCUUUUUGUCUCUGGUUACUGUGACUCUCCGAUGGGGUUGCGGAUGCUUUUCUUAGUCUCUGUUGUUUGUGCUUUGUUGUUCAGUCUAUCUUUUGGUUCUGCUGUGGUCUAGCAAUUCUGGUUUUUUGCUGUUUGUGCUUUUUGUUCAAUCUAUCAUUUGGUUCUGCUUUAAUUCGAUGCAGCAAUUUUCAUUUUUUU